UUGUUGCUCUGCCGCUGCGCUGCUGAUGCACAAGCACAACGACAACUAUAUAAGUAUAGCUGUAUAGGUAUAGCCGCGUGUAUAUAGGUACGCAUGUGCCACAAACCAAAUACUAAGAUAGAUAAGUACAACGUCAGGACAGUAUAGGUAUAUUGCUUUCGCCAACCUAGCUAGCUUGCACGGAAGAUCUUGGAUGUUGAUCCGCUCACCGAUGAAUGUUGAGCUCGGUUGAUUUGAUUUUAUUCUAUAAUGGUUGAUGUGCGUUUUUUCUUACGUAAUUUGUCCAUACUUUUCAUCAGCAUUAUACGAUCGACCGACUCUCUCACCGAUUGAUGGAAGUUUAAAAGUUUCGCGCGCUUGGAGGAAAACAAAGAUGGCGGCUGCAAAGGAACACGCAGAUAUACCUAUAGGUAUAUUUCCGACAACACGCGCACGACGUUUCACCGCACAUGCGGACCUUAUAGACUAAUAAUUUUAGUAUAAACAAUAAGCAACAGAAAAUGUCCGUGCCCGACAAAGUGCUGAUGCGCAAAAUAAGGAAAAGAGAGAAGAACAAGUUAAAAGUCUUGAAGGAGAGAGAAAUACAAAAGCAGAAUGGGGCUUUAAAUGAAGAACUCAAAAAUGCAGAGGAAAAGCUGAAAGUUAAGACGAAACAAGGUGUCAAAAGACAGUCUCCAGAAGAUGGACCAAUUAAAAAGAAAAAGAAAAACAAGGUUAAAGUAAAAGAAGAAAGUGAUGAUGAAGAAGAAGAAGCUAAUGAUAAACGAAGCGAAAAUACUAGAUCAGAUGAUGAAGAGGAUGAAGAGGAGGAAGAAAAUGAAAAGGAGCAAAAUUCUGAUUCGGCAGAAGAUACCAAAGAUAAUGCCACAUCAAACUUACCUGGUACAUCUGUUGGAUUGGAACUUACAAAAGACAGAUCAUUCUCUACCUUGAAAGAUAAGGUAUGUGAAAAUACCUUGAAAGCUAUUGCAGAGAUGGGCUUUACAGACAUGACAGAGAUUCAAGCUAUGUCAAUACCUCCGCUUCUCGAAGGAAGAGAUCUAGUAGGUGCAGCAAAGACUGGAUCAGGAAAGACUUUAUCUUUCCUUAUUCCUGCUGUAGAACUUAUCUAUAAACUCAAGUUCAUGCCCCGAAAUGGAACUGGAUGUAUAAUCAUUUCUCCAACACGCGAGUUAUCCAUGCAAACGUUUGGUGUCCUCAAAGAGUUGAUGAAAUAUCAUUAUCACACUUAUGGUCUGUUGAUGGGUGGUGCAAGCAGGCAAACUGAAGCACAGAAACUGUCGAAAGGCGUCAACAUAGUUGUAGCGACACCCGGUAGAUUGCUCGAUCACUUGCAAAAUACUCCGGACUUUCUGUACAAAAAUCUCCAAUGUCUGAUUAUUGACGAAGCUGACAGGAUUCUCGAUAUCGGAUUCGAAGAAGAACUGAAACAGAUUAUCAAUAUUUUACCGAAAAGGAGACAAACUAUGCUGUUCAGUGCAACGCAGACUAAAAAGACCGAAGCAUUGACAACGUUAGCCGUGAAAAAAGAGCCCGUCUACGUCGGUGUUGACGACGAGAAGGAAAAAGCCACAGUGGAGGGUCUGGAACAAGGAUAUGUUGCUUGUCCCAGCGAAAAACGAUUCCUUCUACUUUUCACAUUCUUGAAGAAAAAUAGACAGAAAAAAGUGAUGGUCUUCUUCAGUUCUUGCAUGUCCGUCAAAUAUCACCACGAGCUGUUGAAUUACAUCGAUUUGCCAGUCAUGAGCAUUCACGGAAAACAGAAGCAAACCAAGAGAACCACGACUUUCUUCCAGUUCUGCAAUGCACAAUCUGGUAUUUUACUGUGUACCGACGUAGCUGCCAGAGGUCUCGACAUUCCCGACGUAGAUUGGAUCGUACAGUACGAUCCUCCAGAUGAUCCAAAGGAAUACAUUCACAGAGUCGGUAGAACGGCCCGUGGCGAAGGCAGCAGCGGUCACGCCUUGCUCAUCCUGCGACCAGAGGAGCUAGGCUUCCUGCGCUACCUGAAGCAGGCUCGCGUUCCUGUUAACGAGUUUGAAUUCUCGUGGAAUAAAAUUGCCGACAUUCAGCUGCAAAUGGAGAAGCUGAUCUCGAAGAACUACUUCCUAAACAUGUCAGCGAAAGAGGCGUUCAAGGCGUACGUCCGAGCGUACGAUUCGCACCACCUCAAACAGAUAUUCGACGUUGAGACCCUGGAUCUGACCAAGGUCGCCAAGUCAUUCGGAUUCACGGUGCCUCCAGCCGUCGAUUUGAAAGUGGGAGUGAGCAAGGAUUCUCGGCCGCGCAAACGCCUCGGCGGCGGUGGCUACGGCUACUUCAAGGGCCUGAACGGCGAGCAACCCGGAGCUGCCAGGAGAGCCGAGCGUACAAAGACCUUCCGCCAGGUUGGCAAGCGGAAUCACAGCGACAGGAGGCAGUUCGCCCGGUGAUGAUCGGCACUAGGAAUGCAACGUCUUCGCUGAAGGGGAGAGAUUUAUAUGCGCUUUAUUUUUGCUAAAUAAAGUAUAAUAUGAUGUUUGUACAUUAGUUAA